GUCUCAGUGCACAAGCUCUGCUAAGCCUUUCACUCGAUGCUGUCCAUCACCGUUGUCGAGCCAAAACUUCCAUAGUCCGCCAGUGAGAGCUGCUCUCGCCUGAACGCCCGGUGCUUCCCACGAGCAUUGCUUGCUGCACCAUGGCUGUGAGGGUCCAUGGUCAAUAUCUUCCAGGCUUCAGCCUCGCUGGCUCGGGGGCCAUUCUUUUGCUUCCAAGGCUACACCAUAUCUGCCAAAAAGACAGCCCCAAGCAAUCUAGCUAGCACACCCUGCACCAUGCCUUCUUGGGCUUCCCGCGUACGAGGUGCGGGGACCGUGCCGUUUCGUUAAGAACUGUCGUCUUUCCUCGACCAUCACCUUCACGUAUCCCUCACUUCACACCCGACUCUCGACUCUCGCUCGUUGUGAUCCACGUGCGGUAGGAGAUACCGCCAUAUCUCUCACGAUGCCCACAAAACUCCCACAUUUCAACUGGGACUCACACAAGUUGAAGAAGCGGAGAUACCUCAUCCUACCGUGGAUUCAAGAUCCCACCUCCGGCGCCAUACAGGAGACAAAGAAUGGCCGCGCAACUCUGGUAUUCGCCCAGCGCCAUGAAGCAAAUACUACGGAACUCUUCUUUGACCUGUUCUUCGUCGCAAACUUGGCGCUCUUCACUCAAUACCAUUCAAUCACCGAUCACAAAGGUUUCUUGACCUAUAUCGAAUUCUUUGGUCUCAUCUGGGGAACAUGGUUCUCCAUAACUCUCUUCGACGUCCGCUUCGGUCUCGACUCUGUAUUCGAGCGUGCCUGCAAGUUCGUACAGUAUGCCGUUUUUGUAGUCUUCGCCUUGGUCGGAUCCGAAUUCGAACCAGGCAGCAGGUCUUAUCUUCCCAAAGACAACGUCAACUUCCGCAUCCUCAGUUGGGCCUUGUGUGCCAGUCGCGCGCUGCUCAUGAUCCAGUACCUGGUUGUGCUCUACUUCGUCAUGAAGCGUCGCUAUCGAAGGCUGUAUUUCCCUCUAGCUCUCAACGCUUUCUGGUACCUUGUCACCGCCACCGUGUUCGGCGCAAUGAGCGCUGCCUUUCCCAACACUGGAAAUCAUCAUCCUCACAUCUACUUGAUGUGGUACGCUGCCAUAUUCCUCGAAAUUGUCUGCGUCCUCUCUGUCUCGACCAUUUGGCGCACCUUGAGUUUCAAGCUUACUCACUUGGCUGAACGUAUGAGUCUAUUGACAUUGAUCAUCAUGGGUGAAGGUAUCAUUGGAAUCACGAAGACGGUUUCGAUUAUCCUCGCCAAGGGGCCGGUUUUCUCAUACUUCGGCCUGGUCUUGUGCAUUCUAUUCAUCAUCUUCUGGCUCUACUUCAUCUACUUCGACAACACUCCUCGUGGCCACUUUGGAACCAUCCGUCAACAAGUAUGGGCAUUCCUCCAUUUCCCAUUCCACUUGUCCGUCGUUGGUAUCGUUGAAGGCGCCCAGCAAAUUGUUCGCGCACGUUACGUGAUUGACGGCGACAAGAAAUUUAACAAAUCUGCUAUGCAAUACUGCGUCAAAGAGAAUCUCGAUGGUAUAAAAUUGCAGAACAAGCUUGCCGAACUGAUAAGAUACUACGACUUUCCCUCCAAGGCUCAGUCCAACCAAUUUUUGCCUGACAUAUACGAAAGCUUGUAUGCUGUUGGUAACCACACCGACAUCUGUAGUCCAGAAAACUCCGAAGGCUACGUCAAUGCUAAUGGCGAGAUGAUUGCCUAUCCCGAUGAACUCUGGUAUCUCUGGGAGAAGACGAUUUCCGCAGUGUACGCCGGCACUGUGACAGACAAACAAGUCCCCGACUUCGACGACGCCUUGACUUCCUCCAUCAGCGCAUGGGAGACGGCUUACAGCUACUUCUGGGGCGCCCUCGGACUCCUGGCCUUUACAACAAUCCUAAUGUUCUUCAUGUGCCGCCGUUCGAAGCGAGACAUCUACACCUACUUCGGCAUUGGCGUGCGCGUGUUCGUCCUCGUCAUGGCCGCCUUCCUGGGCGGCUACGCCGCCGCAAACGACGACUUCUUCACCAGCUUCAUGUACUCCUCCGCCGUCGUGCCCACCGCCAUGGCCUGCCUCUUCCUCAUCGUCUUCGUCGACUCCAUCGGCCGCGGCCUGUCCAACUACGCCCUUAGAAACACCCACAAGGACAUCAUCGACGACGAGGCCGAGGCCAUGGAGCACGACCACCUGCACGGCCACCACCACGACCACGACGGCUCAGACGACGAGAUCGAGCUCAAGCCCCAGGCCCACACCCCCGGCCUCCAACAACAACACGAACACUGGUACGGUGGUGUCGCGUCGCCGCCUCUGCCCGGCCCGGCACCGUUGGGCUACAGUGCGGUGCAGAACCCGGGCACGCCUGGCACGCCGGCCUUUCACCAGGAGCAUACCGCUUACGGCGGUGCAUACAGCCACGAGAGAACACAGAGCGAUACCAUAGACCCCGCGUACGGCCACGCGAGGCACCCAAGCGACGCAUACGAUAACCCGGACUUUAGACGCACGAGUGGAUUUGGCGGCGGGCCAGCGAUGGCCUGAUCUGAGAGGCAGCUCCGACAUGACGAAUACUACGAAUCUCUCUUCAUUCAAGCCAAGAGAAAAACCAUGAAUGUGUCUUUUUUCUUUUCCUCCAAAACAUCUCAUAUAUACCCCUCAACGAUGACGUGUGUGGUCUACCUACCUACUGUCCAUAUAACUUCGGGGGCAUUCUUUUUUUGAUAGCGAGCGGAUGCAUUUGGAUCAGGCGCGUUGGGUAUUGCAUUAUUAUAUGUUUUCAGAUGCAUUACUGGAAGAGUUUAUGCGUCGGAGCGACGCUUCUAUAAUGAUAUAUUAUCACUACGAUAUAUUGUAUGGACUUAUGAAUGAAUUCGAAGUGCU